AUGGCGUUCAACAACAACGAGAUCGUCCAAGCUUGGGUGGCGCCAGAUCCGUCGCCGCUCUCGACAAGCGUCGAGUACAUCACGUACAAGCAACUGACCCCCGAAGAAAAAGAGCGGGUCCACCAGAUGGAGGCCGAGCAGAACGGCAUCGAGCGGCCGCAAGGCUAUACCGUGUCCUUCCACUACAACCCGGAAGUAGAGCAGCACCACUUUGGCAGCAAACAUCCAAUGAAACCAUGGCGGCUGCAACUAACCAAGCAGCUGGUGUUUGGAUACGGUCUCCACUAUGCCAUGGACCUAAACGAAUCGCUACCUGCUACCAAAGACGCAAUCUCUCGCUUCCAUGACAACGACUACCUCGAUUUUCUGCAGUACAUUAAAUCGGAUACCGAAACGCAGAAACGGCACGAGGAGGAGCUCAACCGCUACGACUUCACCGACGAGUUUAACGACUGCCCUAUUUUCGAUGGUAUCUGGGAUUACGUGACGCUUUACACCGGCGCCACGCUGGAAGCUGCACAUGCCGUAAGCAGCAGGCAGAGCGACAUUGCCAUCAGCUGGUCUGGUGGUCUGCACCAUGCGAAAAAACGCCAGGCGUCCGGUUUUUGCUACGUCAACGACAUCGUGCUUGCCAUCCAGCAUCUGCUUGAAAAGCAUGUCCGAGUAUUAUACAUCGACAUCGACGUACACCACGGUGACGGUGUCGAAGCCGCUUUCUUCAACACGGAUCGCGUAAUGACCCUGUCCUACCACAAGUAUGGCGAGUUUUUCCCCGGCACUGGCGGCCCGGAUGAUUCGGGUCCUAAGGGCUACACCGAACCAGGGGCGUAUUUCUCGCUGAAUGUUCCUUUGGAUGACGGUAUCGACGAUCGCGACUACGAGUGGCUCUUCAAGCGCAUCACUGGGAGAACAAUCGAAAUUUUCAAGCCGGAAGCCAUCGUGCUGCAAUGCGGUGCCGACAGUCUGGGCGGAGAUCGUCUGGGCAAGUUCAACCUCAACAUCCGUGCGCAUGGCAAAUGCGUCGAGUAUGUCAAAUCCUUCCGUCUGCCUCUGUUGAUCCUCGGUGGUGGCGGCUACACACCCCGCAACGUCGCCCGCGCAUGGUGUCACGAGACGGCAUUGAGCGUUGAAGCCGAACUCCACGACGACCUUCCGACUUUUAUCCCCUAUAGGCAAGCCUUCGAAGGCGUUCAGAAUGGCAAUGGCCUACUCUACCCCGAGCUGAAUAGCAAGAGGCUUUCCCAUCCAAAGGGCUACGAGCGCAAGGACCUCGAGAACACGGUGGCCCGCUGCGAGGAACAGUUACGUUGCAUACAAUCCCAUCCGGUCGUCAAUAUGAAGCGUUACCCGAAGCUCAACGACGUCCUGCGCGCACGAAAGGAGAUUGACCAGGAAAUCAAAGAGGAGUUAGAGGAUCGUGGAUACCAAGAUGAGGCCAAGAGGAGACGUAUGGAGAGAAACACAGGCGCAAGGCGAGAGUACAGGUUCGUGAUCCACAGAUCUCCAAUGUGGUGCAUAGACUAA